AUGCCUCGUCCCAACAAAACCAUCUCUCCCGCCCAAAAAGCAGCUCUUCUUGAGUGCUUUCAAUUUGCCACCGCUCUCGUCCCCGUCGCGUUGCGCCCCCAAUUUCUCCUAGUUGGGGGAACGGCCAGCAUUGCCUUCUCGUCCCCCCUUUGGACGGACGACGUGGAUGUUGCUGCCUCUGCCGAAGCAAUCAUCGCUUUUCGGCAGGCAAUCGCCUGGGAGGGCUCAAGUUUCGCCAUCAGUCCAUGCCAAAUGAUCGAGUUCGACAGCCGCCAAGGGUUCCGAGUCAGUUUGGAGCUGCUCCAACUCGGUGGCGCCUUUGUCGAGUCGAUUGCCGUGGCUGAACCCUGUUACAAUGGGUUUGUUGCGUCCCUGGCGGACUUGAUAUUGAACCGAGCUAAGACGGUCGUUGGGUGCGGAGAGAUUGGUGAUGUUGCGGACUUGAGAUUCUUGUUGGAGGAGGCGGCGAGACGAGGGAUGCUGAUUCCGGUACAAGAGGAGGAGAGGAGGGAGGUGUUGUUGGAGGCUGCAAAAGAGUUGAUACUGU